AUUGGAAUGCUUUGGAUUCAUCAAUUCACUGAAAACCAGCUCACGUAGAGGAUUGUCGGUGUGUUUGUUCUUCCCGGGUUUUUUUUAAUUUUACCCAGCGUCUUGCAAAUUCACGUUAAAUUUGUAACACUUAAGGACGCCUGACGAAAGAGUGCUUGUGAGCUCUGUAACGGUAAAGUUGGAUGGAUCCUCGGGUAGCUUGGAUUCAGCCAGAGCAGAAAGGACCUGCCAACGCUUUAUGGAUGCGCGUAUGGGAAACCUCGCAAAGGCGAAACCACUGUCACUCACUGCGGGUAAAUACACCUGCGUUGACGGCCAGUUUUAUGAAGCGGUUUUCGCAGGUUCCCACCAACACCGCUGGAAAGACUUUUAACAGCUACUCCAAUCAGCCUUAUAAUGAUAGUGGUGCCAUGAGGUCUCCAAACGCAUGUUCUGACUCUGCACCUCCUUAUGUCACCCCUAUCAGAGUCAACGGUAGUGAUCCUUCGUCACCUUUAUCUUCAGGUGAUUCAGAGAGUGACAGCCCGACGUUAGAUUUAUCAUCAGCCAGGGGUGACAGUAUUGGCGCAAAUCCAGCCAAAGUUCGCUUUAACUUUACUGAACAUAUGCACAAUGUCAGUAACAGUUUGCAACAACAAUAUCAGCGACUGCAAGCACAAAUAAUAAUGGAUAACCAACUUAAGCAUUCAGUGAGAAAGACAAGCGACAAUAAGUCGAGCACAUAUGGAAUGAACUACUUUUUGUCCCACUCUAACGGCAGUCAUUUAUGUGUGACCCCUUGGGCAACUAGAAGAUACAGUCCGGGUAUUAACGGGCUCCACGAGGAGAUAGUGGAUUUUUAUCAUUUCAUGUCACCUCGUCCAGAAGAGGAAGAAAUGAGGAGAAAUGUUGUUAGCCGUAUUGAGGCUGUAAUCAAAGAUCUGUGGCCUAUGGCAAAGGUUGAAAUAUUUGGCAGCUUUAGUACAGGACUUUACCUUCCUACUAGUGAUAUUGACCUGGUGGUGUGUGGAAAAUGGGAACAACCACCUCUGCAGCAGCUGGAACAGGCACUCAGGCAGAAUAAAGUGGCUGAGCCUUUCUCCAUUAAACUACUUGAUAAGGCUACGGUACCAAUAAUUAAGCUGACUGACAGACACACAGAUGUGAAGGUGGACAUUAGUUUUAAUGUUGAAACUGGUGUCAAAGCAGCUCUGUUUAUUAAGGAUCAUCUUAGGCGAUAUUCUGUGCUGCCUUACUUGAUCUUUGUACUGAAGCAGUUUCUGCUCCAGAGAGAUUUGAAUGAGGUGUUUACGGGCGGUAUCAGUUCCUACAGUCUCAUUUUAAUGGUCAUCAGCUUCCUGCAGCUCCAUCCCAGAAUAGACUGCAGAGCUUCAAAUAUCAAUUUGGGCAUCCUGCUCAUUGAAUUCUUUGAAUUGUAUGGGCGGCAUUUUAAUUACCUGAAAACAGGCAUUCGUGUUAAAGAUGGAGGAGCUUAUCUUGCUAAAGAGGAGAUCAUGAAGGUUUUGGAAAAUAGAUAUAGACCGUCAGUGCUCUGUAUUGAAGACCCAAAUUUGCCAGGAAAUGAUGUUGGCCGGAGUUCUUACGGUGCCUUUCAGGUGAAGGAGGUAUUUAACUAUGCAUACCUCGUCUUGAGUCAUGCUGUGUCACCACUUUCCCGCUCCUACCCCAAUAGAAAUAUGGAAAGCACACUUGGACGCAUCAUUAAAGUGACCCAGGAAGUGAUUGACUACAGGGAGUGGAUCAUUCAGCAGUGGGGAAACAGACACAAUGUCAGGAUGUUUGACCGUAAAAUUCAGAAUGUUGAAGACUCAGAGGAGCAGACCUCAAGUGAGGAGCAGGAGAGAGAUUCCUCAUCACCACACAGUGCAGGCUCCCCUGUAUCACUGUCCCACCUUCAGCAGCACUCUUCAGCUUCCUCAUCUUCCUCUGUGUCUUCGUUUUCUGGGAGUGACAUAGAUUCAGACACGCCAUGCAAAGCUUCAGUUCUUCAGAAGUUCUUUCCAGUGUCCUGCAUGGCUGAUAACAGUAAGAAACCACAGAGAAAAGUGAAAUCUGGAACUUUCCUCCACUCCAGAAGUCAGUCGCAACCUUUACCCAGCAAACGAUGUAUGGAUGAGUUGACUUGUGUGAAGGGAUUAGUACACGUGUAUCCUGUUUACUCCAGCUCCACACCCAGCCCUAGUCACUACACUAAUGGAUUUGAGGGGCCUCCACAAACUGGUUGUUUAGUCCAUAACACUGUGCCUGCCCCCAGAGGUCAACAGUAUGGGCAUAACAGUUUGCGGCGCCGGCGAAGAGAGACUGCUCCCAUGAGUUUCAGCAGAUAGUGCUAAUCUUUUCUUCUGUCCAAGACAAAGUGUUUGGGCGACAGUCCUUUUCGGUUCAAUAGAUCAACAGCAGUCUUACACUCAAUAUGGACAGUGUCUGAAAUUGCACUUUAAUUUGUUUUGCUCUAACUACACUUUUGAAUUUGACUCCAUUUGUGCACUUUUCUACCUCCUCUGAUUUGUGUUGUCUUAAUCUUUGUAUGUAUAACAAAGUUUACUUUUUAUUUUUUUAUUUACUAGUAUGUUCAGUUAGUAGUUUCUUUUAAUUUUUAAAAGUAUUUUGGAUGCUGUCUUGUCACAGCAUCGCUAGGCUGUUUUAUUUUUUUUUUUUUAUUAAUAUUUUUUUUUUAAACCAUUGCUGUAAGCCAUUGUGAAAUACUAUCUGCAAUGUGACUUUAAAAAGGUAUUUCUAUUUUAAUUUUUUUUGAAUGCAAGUUAACAUUAUACUAUAUGAAAUUAUUUUUGUAUCAAACUUCUUUUUAAAAGUAUCCAGUGGAUGACUUUUAUAGGCACCUAUUUUUUAUUUUUUUGUGUCUGUUUGCACAAGUGAUCUUUUGAUUUAAGGAUAUGCUAUUUUUUUACAAGGUGUAGGAAUGCUGUCCUUAAUCACUUGCAUAUUCUUUUGCUUUUCAUUUUUUCCACCCACCCUCAAAUGCAUGCAAUGGUCUGAAUGUUGUUUUCUUGAACUUCCUAUUUUGUGACCUUUCAUCCACUUUUUGAAAUGGAUUUUUUUGUAUACAUUUUUGCUAGUUCACCAUUCCUUAACAAAAUAUUUUACACUACAUGUUUCCAAACAUCUUAUAACAAGAUUUUUGGCAUUUCAUACCUUCUUGCACGUUUUGUUGUUUCUAGGGCCUCUGAUACAGUCUCCAUUUUGACUAUUUAGUAUAUUGACAAGUGAGCCUUAACUCUGCUAGAUGUAAAAGAAACACUGCUGGUUUGAUGAACAGAGUUUUUUGUGUCUUGAACAAGGACAGUACAGUGAUUUAGUUCCAGAAAUCAAUCACUGAGUACUCUUUUUCACUUGCAUGUAGGUACCAUUUGAAUGUAGUGUAUUGUCUUCAGUUUAAGAUGUCUCUUA